AUGCUCGUCCGAGCAGCAGGUCGCAGGACGCGGCGAAAUACAUCUCUACACCUUGCCCAUCUCGCCGACUCGCUACAUCUUCCGUUUCUCUGUCCUGCUCAGGCACGAUGGAACUCGUCGCAUUCGCCGCAAACUCCUCAAGCAAGAACACCCACACGCCUCCAAUCCUUGGGUACCGACAAGACACAAACGAGACGCUUAGCCACAGUUGCCGAUCAACACUCAACAGCCUCCGACUCGCCACGGUGGACUUUUGGUGGGGUUGAAUACUCUCUGGAUCCAAAGGAUACUCUCAUGCUGCAACAUGACCUGCAAGCAACACACGAGCCUAGACGUUUAUUCACAAACGGGCUCGCUGGAAACGUCAGCGAUCUUGUACAAAGCCUACACACAUGUCUCCGCGUCGAGCGCCUCGAGAGAGCCCGCCUUGUCAUCGAAAAGUUGCGACAGCGCUGCCACAAGGACUCAUUCGAGAUCCAACACGUCCACAGUGCAUACCUCGAGGCGAGCCUCGCACAGAUCGAGAACAAUCGGGUAUACAACAGAAGAGAAGAUCAAUAUGAAGCUUUGCGAGAUUGGUUCGAGAAUGACCUUGUGCAACACGAGUAUCCUAUCGACUCGCAAACGCUAGUCGUCAUGAUGCGCGCCGCCAUGAUUUCGUUGCCGACACCCAAGCAAGAGCGCGCCAUUCGCCGCUACGCAGAACUUGCAGAGGCAUCUGGACCAGGUCUGCUCGACGAGAUUUGCGAUUCCGACGACUUCACCGACGAUGAGUUUAUGAGGAUUGGAGCCGUCCUGCCUACCUUGAAAUCCAGGUCGCCACAAAUCGAGCAGCCCGUCGACACAGAUGAGCUGCCAUCUUCUGAUUCAGAUAUCGUAUCCACGCACGAACUCACCGAUGUACCCGCCGUUCUUGAAGUAGCACAGAAGGGAAUGGGAUUGGCUUCGUUGAAAGAUGCUCUUGACGCCGCAUCACCCGCUCUUCAGUCAAGCACGACGCUCGAGGCCAUGGAAACGGCCAGACUCACACCCGAGGAUCGUGAGCGUCUGCUUGAAGAGAGCGCGGGUAAAGCGGCCAUAGAGCGAUGGAAGAAAGAGGAGGAAAACCUGCAAAACCUUGGUAUACACAGCACUCUUGAAUCAAAGCCGCUUGGUGCUUUGAUGUGGCAAUGGUACUCGGACUUGCUGCCUGCGCUGCGCGAAGAGAUAGAGGCCUGUCGCGCGCUCAUGGACAAUCCCCCACGAGACAACACCAUCAAAGAACAACUCAUCUACGGACCCUUCGUUGAGGCUGUGCCCAUAGAGCAACUUGCCGCAACAACUAUUCUUAGCGUCAUGGGUUCGUUCGCUGGCGGCAAGGACAGGACCUCGGGUACCUACAGCAGUAACCAGAGACUCGGACGUCUCACAGCUACUCUUGGAAAAAUCAUGCAGGAUGAGGCUAACGCCGAAGCUGCUAGACAACGCGCGAUCGCUGAGCAUAAAGCGAAGCUUGGUCGAGCUCCGAAGAAACAGCCAAAGUCACCUCACCCAUUCUUUGACACAGAUCUGCACGUCUGGCCCAGCGAUGUUCGCGUUAAGCUGGGUGCUAUGCUUGUCUCAAAACUUAUCGAUGUUGCCAAGAUUCCUGUCUCUCGACAGCAUCCCAGAACAAAAGAGAUGGUCACGCAGACGCAGCCAGCUUUUCUCCACAAGACACUUUAUGAAUCAGGGAGGAAGCAAGGAUGGCUCUGUCCCAGUUCUGAGCUGAUUAACAAGCUCCACCGCGAACCCGUUGCCGGUCUCAUCGCCAAAAGACUGCCAAUGGUGAUCGAACCAAAACCUUGGACCGGUUUCAGCAAGGGUGGCUACCUCAACUAUCCCACACCUGUCAUUCGUUUCUCUGGAGCCGACAGUGUACCUCGUGACUACGCAUAUGCUGCCAUUCAACGAGGAGAUCUCGACAAGGUCUUUGAGGCUCUCAAUGUCCUUGGCAAAGUUCCGUGGAAGAUCAACCAGGAUGUGUUGCGCGUGCAGAUCGAGGCAUGGAACAGUGGCGAGCCCAUCGGCAACUUUGCUCCUUUGAACCCAAAGCUCGACCUGCCUCCCGAACCCGAAGACAAGUCUAAUCUUCAGGCGCGCCGUCUCUGGCUACAGACUGUCAAAGAUACGGAGAACGUCAAGAGUGGCUACCAUUCGAAAAGAUGUUUCCAAAACUUCCAGCUCGAGAUUGCUAGAGCAUUCAGGAAGGAGAAGGUUUACUUNCCCCACAACAUCGAUUUUCGCGGUAGAGCGUAUCCUGUUCCUCCUUACCUCAAUCAUAUGGGUGCCGACAACGCUCGUGCCCUGAUGACGUUCGCCGAGGGAAAAGAACUGGGCGAAGUUGGAUUGAGAUGGCUCAAGAUUCACCUGUCUAAUGUAUUUGGUUUCGACAAGGCUAGUCUAUCCGAGAGAGAACAAUUUGCUAUGGACCACCUGGAUGAUAUCCGCGAUUCGGUAGCCAACCCUCUGGACGGUAGAAGGUGGUGGCUCGAAUCCGAGGAUGCAUGGCAGACUUUGGCUGCUUGUUAUGAGUUGAAGGCUGCCAUGGAUCUCCCCGAUCCGACCAAAUAUGUUUCACACCUUCCUAUCCACCAGGAUGGUACUUGCAAUGGUCUCCAGCACUACGCAGCUCUUGGUGGUGAUUCUGUCGGUGCCCGUCAAGUCAACCUGGAACCUGGAGACAGACCCUCUGAUGUUUACAGUGCUGUUGCCGACGGAGUCAAGGCUGAAGUCGAAAAAGACUUCGCUGCAGGUCAUCCUGUGGCGCAGUUCCUCAGAGGCAAAAUUACUCGCAAGGUCGUCAAGCAGCCGGUCAUGACCAACGUUUAUGGCGUCACCUACUACGGCGCCAGAGCUCAAGUCAAGAGGCAACUUGAGGAAAUCUUCCCCGAGAUUCAUCGUCACGAUGCUUUGGACCAUCUGACGCUUGCCUCUUACGUCGCCAAGAAGAUCUUCAAGUCUCUUGGUGAGAUGUUCACAGGUGCACAGGCUAUCCAGACAUGGUUGGGAGAUUGUGCAGAUCGCAUCUCAACUUGUGUUACACCAGAGCAGAUUGCUGGCAUGGAGAAAGACCACUCUGAAGGUAGAGCUAUCAUCCCGGAGAAGCCUAUGAUCAAACAAGGUAAAGGCAAGGGCACUACUGUACAGCGCGCUGAGGCGUCGAAGCACUUGUUCCGCAGCUCUGUCAUCUGGACUACUCCUCUUCGCCUCCCUGUAGUACAGCCUUAUCGUACUUCGAAGCGCCGCCAGGUCAAGACCAAUCUUCAGCAGAUUGCCCUCCAAGAGCCAACCGCCAUUGAUCCUGUAAGCAAGCGCAAGCAACUGCAAGGCUUCCCUCCCAACUUCAUUCACUCUUUGGAUGCGACGCAUAUGAUGCUGUCCGCCAUCAAGUGUAACGAGAACAACAUUGCCUUUGCCAGUAUUCACGAUUCCUUUUGGACCCACGCUUGUGAUAUCAAUCACCUGUCCGUCGUUCUCCGCGAUGCUUUCGUUGCCAUGCACACUGAAGAUGUCGUCGGCCGCCUGCGCCAAGAGUUUAUUGCUCGCUACAAGGACUGUAUGUACCUUGCCGCAGUCGACAUCCGCACACCGGUUGGCAAGAAGAUUGCCGCCGUCCAAAAGGCCCGUCCCAAGGGAAACAGAAAGAACAAGCAACUACAGCCAACCUUGAUCCUUCAACUUCUGGAAGAGGCCGAACGCUUGCGUCUACUCAACAGCGAGAACCCAGAGGAAGUUGCCCAAGGCGAAGAGAUGCUCACCCCUGGCAGCAUCUUUGCCGACGAAGCCGAUGCUGAAGACGCGCUGACCGUGCCUGCCGAGAUUGUCAACGCACGUCUCGGCGAGAUCCCCGAAAACUCGGAUGUCCUGGGUGCCUCCGAGUCUGGUGUUGAUGACUUGACCGAGCCCGUCUUGUCCGACCACGACGAUGUCGACCCCACCAGCGACGACAAGGUCGCCAAAGCAGCCGAAGACGCUGAUAUUGAUGUGGACGAAGCAGAAGAACACGUCCCCACCGUCGAAGAUCUAAAGAAGAAGUCCAAGCCGGCCGCAAAGAAGCCGGCCGUCAAGAAGGUGUACGUCUGGCUGCCGCUCAAGUUCCCCGAGGUGCCCGCCAAGGGCGACUUUGACGUGACGAGGUUGAAGGAGAGUCGAUACUUCUUCCACUAG